CUUCAUACUUUAUUCGGCAACCGUCAUUUAAUAAACGAAGAAGACGUAGAGCGGAAGCUACGUCAAAUGUUGUCAUGGCGGCUCACAUGUAAAUCAUCGAGCUUCAGAAAUUGAAUUAGACAUAUUUUUUUUUUGGAGAUUUGAAGGUUAAAGUCAUCUAGGUUAACUGGCUCUGUGACUCCCAGGACCAAAAAAUGAGCACUCAAUACAGCAUUCUUUUCAAGCAAGAACACGCACAUGAUGAUGCUAUCUGGACAGCAGCGUGGGGUAAAAGUGAGGCAGAUGGGACAGAAACUAUUGUCACUGGUUCAUUAGAUGAUAUGGUGAAAGUCUGGAAAUGGUCGGAUGAGAAGCUGGAGCUGCAGUGGACUCUGGAGGGCCACCAGCUGGGUGUGGUGUCAGUGGACAUCAGUCACAACGGAGCGAUCGCUGCCUCCAGCUCCCUCGACGCUCACAUCCGUCUCUGGGACUUAGAGUCUGGAAAACAGAUCAAGUCCAUGGACGCCGGACCAGUUGAUGCAUGGUCGGUUGCCUUCUCCCCAGACUCUAAAUACAUUGCCACAGGAAGCCAUCUUGGCAAGGUCAACAUCUUUGGUGUGGAAAGUGGCAAGAAGGAAUAUUCUCUGGACACUCGAGGAAAAUUCAUCCUGAGUAUAGCUUACAGCCCUGAUGGAAAAUAUUUGGCCAGCGGAGCCAUCGAUGGAAUCAUCAACAUCUUCGACAUCGCCACUGGAAAGCUGCUCCACACACUGGAAGGUCACGCCAUGCCCAUCAGAUCGCUCACUUUCUCCCCCGACUCCCAGCUCCUGGUCACAGCCUCCGACGACGGCUACAUCAAAAUCUAUGACGUGCAACAUGCCAACCUGGCGGGCACACUGAGUGGACAUGGAUCCUGGGUUCUUAAUGUCGCCUUCUCCCCAGAUGACACCCACUUUGUCUCAAGCUCGUCUGACAAGAGUGUGAAGGUUUGGGACGCCAGCUCCAGAGCGUGUAUCAACACUUUCUUCGACCAUCAAGACCAGGUGUGGAGCGUAAAGUACAACAGCACCGGCUCAAAGAUCAUCUCGGCUGGAGACGACCGCGCCAUCCACAUCUACGACUGUCCCAUGUGACGGACGACAGGCUACAAGAGGAGAGGAUCUCCAGAACUGUUUACUCAAAUCAUGCAGUUGAGGUUGUUAAUUGGGGGAGGGAGGGAGAGGUGGCAGGGGGUCAAGCUGUAAAUGUGAUGGAUUUUUUUUUUUUUUUGCACUGGCCCACUUCGGUCAAAUAAAAGGGUUGCUUUUGUACUUCUGUUUCUGUUGUAUUUCUUGAGUUACAAGCAGUUAUUCAUCAUUUUCAUGUCAGUGAUCUGAUUUGGUAACAAUUGUGCAAAGCAUAUAAUUGGAAAAUAAAUAUCUUUAGAUAAAAGAAGCGAUUUUGUAUGGAGCCCUGAAACGAGUCAGAAAUGUAACCGAUGACAUCAAUAGAUAUUACUGUUAGUUAAAUAAUAGUUUUCCUUCUUUUUGGUUUUUGCACAUUUAAUAAUUUAUCUAUUUAGUUCUAUUUCUGACCUGUCUGAUAACCUAUUAUUACUUUACUACUAGCCCUAGUGCUUUGUAUGUAGUGUCUGUAGGCACGAUCUCAUGACUUAAUUUAUAAGAUUUUAUCCAAGUCAAACGUAGGAUGCUCAGGUAAAUUUCCUGCUCACAUAUACACCCAUAACUUUGUUUCAUGUUGGACCAUAUACACCUGUGUCUUCCCAUGAGGAAAUGCAGUUUGGAGGGAUGUUGUUCCAGCAGCAGAUGUGUAGGAGACGAAGUAUGAUCUAGUGCUCCCUCCAGUGGCCCCGCAGGUGUGCUGCAGCUUUUUAAAAAGAUAUCUUUAUAAUGUACAUAUCAAUAAACUAACUACCAACCACUGCA